AAAAAGCAGGAACUGUAAUGAUAAUAAAAUACAAAUCUGUAGCUAUUUAUUUAGUGCUUCUAGCCUUACCUCUGUGUCCUCCACUGAGCAACAUUUUUAAACAGCCCUAUCUUCCCAACUUCUUUGUUCAGACAUUUCUUUUCUUGCUUUUUUUCAUUUCUGCAAAAUUAUGAAUUCUCAAACAUGGAAAACCUUGGCAGUUGUUCUGUUGUGGAUAUCUAUGGAAGUGGAAUCUUCUUUAUCGUCUUUAUCUCAUCUUGAUAAGAUUAGUAGGCUUCCUGGCCAACCCCAAGUGGGUUUUCAACAAUUUUCAGGUUAUGUUACUGUUGACGAAAAGAAGCAUAGAGCUUUCUUUUAUUAUUUUGUUGAAGCAGAAUUAGAUCCAGUUUCGAAGCCUUUGGUUCUCUGGUUGAAUGGAGGGCCUGGCUGUUCUUCUCUUGGAGUAGGAGCAUUCUCUGAAAAUGGACCUUUUAGACCAAAUGGAAAGGUUUUGGUGAGAAAUGAAUAUAGCUGGAACAGAGAAGCAAAUAUGUUAUAUUUGGAGACACCAGUUGGGGUAGGAUUUUCUUAUGCAACUGAUAGCUCCUCAUAUGUGGCGGUGGAUGAUGAAGCAACAGCCAGGGACAACCUUAUUUUCUUGCAACGCUGGUUCAACAAAUUUCCUCAGUACAGGCGUAGAGACUUGUUUAUAACAGGGGAGAGUUAUGCAGGUCACUAUAUUCCUCAACUUGCAAAUCUUAUGAUUGAAAUUAACAAGAAGGAAAAAUUAUUCCACUUGAAAGGCAUUGCACUUGGAAAUCCUGUUCUAGAAUUUGCUACGGACUUGAAUUCAAGAGCUGAGUACUUAUGGUCACAUGGUUUGAUAUCAGAUUCAACAUACAAAAUGUUCACUUCUGCUUGUAACUAUUCAAGAUAUGUUAGUGAAUACUAUAGAGACUCAGUUUCAAGCAUUUGUUCGCGAGUUAUGAGCCUUGUUAACAAAGAAACUAGCAGAUUCGUAGACAAAUAUGAUGUUACUCUUGAUGUUUGUAUUUCUUCAGUACUGUCACAAUCAAAAGUUCUAAGACCACAACAAGUAUCUGAGAGGAUAGAUGUAUGUGUGGACGACGAGACGACGAAUUAUCUAAACCGAAAAGACGUGCAGAAGGCUUUCCAUGCUAGACUUGUUGGAGUUAGUAAAUGGGAAGUUUGUAGCGACAUUCUUGAUUAUGAGCUGCUCAAUUUGGAAAUACCAACAAUCUCUAUUGUUGGAUCACUAAUCAAGGCUGGAAUUCAAGUAUUAGUUUACAGUGGAGAUCAAGAUUCUGUUAUUCCCUUGACUGGAAGCCGCACCCUUGUUCAUGGACUGGCAAAGGAGUUAGGACUGAAUACAACUGCAUCUUAUAGAGCUUGGUUUGCAGGACAACAGGUUGGUGGAUGGACUCAGGUUUACAGUAAUUUGCUUUCAUUUGCCACUAUAAGAGGUGCUUCUCAUGAAGUUCCAUACUCGCAGCCUGAAAGAUCACUUGUGUUGUUCAAGUCAUUUUUGCAAGGCAAACAACUACCUGAAAUUUUCUAAUGUGCUUUGCUUGUGAGGUUUAAAGUUAUAUACUCGGAGAUAUUUUUGUGUACAUACAUUAAUAACUGUGGUGUUAUAGUCAGUAAAGCAUUUUUGUCUUUGCAAAGAAAAGUAAAGGGAAUCAUCAAUCAAGGUUCAAGAAUCUUGUAUGAGGUUUGGUUAAUGUAAGAUCUUUGAAGUGCAAAAAUCUUUUGAGCAGUGUCAAAUUCA